CAGACCUGAUGCAGUCUGUCUCACUGUCACUCAGGACCUGAUGGCCUCCACCAAGGACAACCUCACCUCAGACCUUUGUUCUUUAACAUCUAGAAGGAUUGUUUCUUUCCUGAAGUAGUACCAAGUCUGGUGGGACAAAAGUGAGAGAUGUCUCACAACCGGGACCGUCCACACGUCACAAAGUCCACCUUGGACUCGUCUUCGUCGUCCGCCACCAAGGACGGCCUUAGGCAGGAGCGAGUGUCCAGACCCGGGUCGUCUGGUCCGUGGGACGUCUCCAACGACAGCAGCAAGAACCACGCAGAGUCUUACUUCUCACGCAGGGAGGACAGACUUUCUGCACGCAAGAAGGCGGAAGAGGAGAUGACUCGCACCGACUAUAAGAAGAUGCAUGAAAAGGCUCUGGCCACCAAUCAGAGGCUGAAGUCCAGACUGGAAACCAGUAAGCAGGAACUGGUUGUGAUCCAGGAGCAGCUGCAGAGAGCUCAGCAAAAAGAGUUAAAAAGUGAACUUGGUUCCAACUUGCUGGAAACAGAUAAAAAGGACAGUCGGAGUGUGAGGAAGAAGAUUUCUGACAUGGAGGAGCAGCUGAAGGUGAAAGCAGAAGUUGAAACAGAGAAUCAGAGACUGAAGGAUGAAAAUGGAGCUCUGAUCCGUGUCAUCACCAAAUUGUCCAAGUGACGCACUGAGGAAGGAAUAGAUGUGACGUCACUCACCUGUGAUGUCUCUCACCUGUGAUGUCUCUCACCUGUGUUGUCUUUCACCUGUGAUGUCUUUCACCUGUGACGUCUCUCACCUGUGAUGUCUCUCACCUGUGUUGUCUUUCACCUGUGUUGUCACUCACCUGUGAUGUCUCUCACCUGUGAUGUCUCUCACCUGUGUUGUCUCUCACCUGUGAUGUCUCUCACCUGUGGCUUCUCUCACCUGUGAUGUCUCUCACCUGUGGCUUCUCUCACCUGUGAUGUCUCUCACCUGUGGUGUCACUCACCUGUGACGUCUCUCACCUGUGAUGUCUCUCACAUGUGAUGUCUUUCACCUGUGUUGUCUCUCACCUGUGUUGUCUCUCACCUGUGUUGUCUCUCACCUGUGUUGUCUUUCACCUGUGAUGUCUCUCACCUGUGACGUCUCUCACCUGUGACGUCUCUCACCUGUGAUGUCUCUCACCUGUGAUGUCUCUCACCUGUGUUGUCUUUCAUCUGUGAUGUCUCUCACCUGUGUUGUCACUCACCUGUGUUGUCUUUCACCUCUGGUGUCUCUCACCUGUGGCUUCUCUCACCUGUGAUGUCUCUCACCUGUGGUGUCACUCACCUGUGACGUCUCUCACCUGUGAUGUCUCUCACCUGUGUUGUCACUCACCUGUGAUGUCUCUCACCUGUGAUGUCUCUCACCUGUGUUGUCACUCCAAUAAAAAAUAUAAACAUUUUCCAUUCUGAGUUUAUUAAUGUUGAAAUUGAGAAAAUAAAAAUUCAAAUAAGAUGUUUAGUUUUUUCCCAAGAUAGAAAAUUGUGUUUGAAAUUUCUCUAACAUCACAAGGAUGCUUCAUUUAAGAACUGUUUUCAAAAUAAAAUACGUCUGUCCUAAAAGUCCUGCCAAUGUCUGAAUAAAAACAUUUUAAUUGA